ACUAAUUAUUAAAAAUAUGAUAACUCCUUUUUGGAUGUGAUUGAAGGGGUUUGUAUGGAGUAUUAGGUGUGUGAAGAGUUGUUAGAAGAGUGUGAGAGUGCGGGUGCGGGUGCGCGCCGAGCCCAGCGACCCUCAGCAGCAGGAGGAUGAAGCAGAGGAAGUCUCAUCUCAUUCAGUUCCAUGGAUGCUGCUAAACAGCCUUCCCAGCUUGGUGCCUUCAGUUGAUAAAUUAAUUUUAUUCAACAAUCUAAAUAAGGAUGAAGAAAAUGGCUCUCCUCAAGAAGUACCCUAGCAUCCCAGUUCAUAUUGUUGAAGAUCACCACGAUGCUUUAUAUCAUAUCUUGCGUGCUGUAGGCUCUAAACAUCUCCCAUUUACCAACAAUUUACUUAUCCAUUUUGAUUCCCACCCAGACUUACUUAUUCCUGUUGAGCUCAAAGCUUCAGAGGUUUAUGAUGUUCCUCUUAUGAUUGAAAAAUUGAGUAUUGAAAAUUGGAUUCUUGUGGCUACAUUUACGGGACAAAUUUCCUCAAUUUUUUGGAUUAAACCACCAUGGUCAAACCAGAUAGAGAAUGGUAGUUACAAGUUCCUCAUUGGAAAGGAAAGGGGUACUGACAAUAUCAGGGUUUCUUGUCCUAUUUUAUAUUUUGUUAGUGAAUUGUUGUAUUGUAAAGCAGAUAACCUGGAGGAUACUAAAGAAGUGAACCUCUAUGUUGAGACAUUGGGAUUUGAACCGGAUGUAGAGGUGGAGCAUCUUGCUCUGAAACUGAUACAAGAGCACGGGGAAAAUUAUAUUUUAGAUGUUGAUUUGGAUUUUUUUAGCACAAUGAAUCCUUUUGUUGCAAUGCAUGACAAAGUCAGUAUGUAUGGAAGGCUGAAAGAAAUUUAUAGUUUUAGCUUCAUUGAUUCUCAGGAAAGUGACAUUGUAGAUACUCAGAUGAGAAAACGAAGUGAACAGAUAAAAUUGCUAAAAAAUAUAUUUCUCAAUCUUCAAGAACUGAAAGAUAUAAAGCUUAAUCAGAGUAAGGUUGAAAAUAUAUGCAAAAAUAUAGAGGAUGUAGUGAAAAGAAAAUCUGUAGUCCAAUUAAUUCAGGACCUGGCCGGUGAAUAUGGAGGUGACAUUGACUGGGAGCUGGUACAUGAUGCAGGAUGCACGUGUGAUGAUGAUAACCAUGAGCUUCCUCAUCAUGUUUCCUCUAAAGAAGAAAUUGAUAUGCUGAUGAAAGUGACAUGCAAGCUUGUGGCAUCACUUCCACCACCGGUGGUGAUAACCGUUGCUCGGUCAAGCCUGGAUGAUUAUUGUCCACCUGACCAAGUUGAUAUGGUGCAAGAAUGUUUGUGUAAGUUAUUAAGAAAAACCUACAAUAUAGAUUGUAAAUUACACUAUGAAAAUGAGUUAAGAUAGAGCCCUUAGCAAUUUUUUUUUUUUUUUUUUUUUUUUUUUUUUUUUUUUCUUCCAAAUAUUUUUUAGACUGUAGUAAUGUUAUAAUAUUGUACAUCUUUUCUUGCUAUUAUUUAUGAGAAAAUAUUAUGGCAAUGGCUGGGAUUGAACUGAAUCUGGACUAUCCAGAAACACUACCCACUGUACCCUUCCUAUAAUAUUUUCUCAUUCGUCACCUUAUUGUGACUUCAUUGGGCAUUACGUCUGGCACAAGAUGUGAAAGGUCAUUAUCGAUGCCUGGGUGUGGACGGGUAUCUCGUAAAUGGGGAUACUUGAUAGUGUCUUCCAAAUACCAAGUACUGUAAGUCUAAUAGAACUUCUGGUUGAGAUUCUUUUAAACCUAUAAUAGUACAGUGUGUGUUUCUGGAGAGUUCAGUGAUGCUAGUUCAGUCCCAUUCAUCAUAAUAUAUUCUUAGAUACAUCAGGUUCUGAGUUUAUUGUGCCACUAUAUAUAAUAAAAUCUUUAAUCAAA